UUGAUCGCGCUGCCUUCCUGACAGAGGGAGCAUGGCGGCCCCUUUCGGCCAGUGCCGCCGAUGGCUGCUCCACCCUCGGUGACAGGCAGGCAGGCAGUGAGCAGGUAGACGCUCAAUGAGGUCCCAGGGGAAGCCGAGCAGGAGACAUUACAAACGUGAAGCUUUUCUCUUUUACUUGACUUUUUUGCGCACAUCCUUCCAUUUAAGGAUUGCUUUUGAAGUAUCUGAACUUGUUUUAGUUUACCAACAAAUUUUUAAACCGCCUCAAAGAACUCGCUGAAGUUCAUUUUUAGGAAGUUUUUUUUUCUUUGCUUGCUUUAUGUUGUUUCAACUUCAAAAGGAUUUCGGCUUGGAAAUCAGAACAAAAAACCACAGUGGAAGUGACAUCGGACAGCGAUCCUGUGUUGGAUGCACGGAGUAUUUUAUCUUGGGCGCCAUGCGUGUAGUUUUGCUUCAGAAAUUACACGUGUUUUUUACACCCCAGCGAAGUGUCCUGCUAGCAGAUUUUCUGCAGCCUCUCUCGGACGUAAAAUAAAUUUACUGGCUUUGGUCGCUGUUUAGCUACAGAUAUUUCUGCCUUCUUUCUACCUGCCUAUUUCCCGGAUUCUCUUAUAUUUUGUUCGUGUCUUUUUUUCCUACCCAACGACAGCAUGCUCUCCUGUUCCCCCGGCUCUUACAAGGGACAAACCCGAAACUUAUAAAAUUUUCCCCCGCACUGGAAACACAUAGGUGGUAAAUUACUCAAAUCCCAAUGUCUGGAAGAGGGAAACGUCGUUGAAAGAAAUCCAAGAUAUCCUUGCGAUUAGACGUGUGUCAUAUACAAUAUGUCACAAUGGUGCAUUCUUCUUUCAUUUUAAAUUUACUGUGGAUUACAUGAAAUAAACAGGCUCGGAUGGGAUUGCUGUAAAUAGUCAUCUUGUACCAGCGAGCGAGAAGGGUUUGGAAGAUACAGAAAGUUGCUUUCGGAUCUGUAAAUGUCUGCAAGACAUAGCGACUAUUAAAAACAGAAGAAAUAAAGUUAGUGGAUAUUCUCCGAUCUGAGGAAGAAGAAUCGGGUGAGCAGAAGCGACAUGAAAGCUGGAAAUGCGUACAAUAGGGCGUCAGGGAGGAUCGGAAAAUCAAUGCACGCUUCUCGCUAGUUACAUUGUAUAGUUACAGCACUUCCUGUAACGAUAUCUGUUUAAAUGCAAUCAAAGCCUUUUCUCCCGUCUCAGUGGCAACACUUAGUAAGAGGGUAAAUCAGGUACUCUUGUUAGGUACUUUUUUUCAAAAUAUUUUUUAAACAAACUUCUGCUACUCUUGCCCCCGUGGAUUUGAAUUAUGCAUGCUGUAUUUCCUUCUAGAAAAGUUUAUAUUGUAUUUUAAAAUGAUGACCACUAUCAUUACAACUUUUUCUUAACUUAAUCAAGAAGGAGGUUGCAGAUUGGGGCCAUGCCAUCGGGAGCCAUGCACUCGUGCGCAUUUUAGAACCUGUGCAUGUGCGGCCGCAUUUUGGACAUAUAAGUUUGCAGGUUGCAAUCGCCUACCAGCCUUGGGGAGAGCGGAAGAUAGUCGGAGGGGGUUGCAUUUUUGCGGACUGCCUGCUUUGUACUGCGCACCAUGUGCCGCCGGAGAGCGCCGCCGCAGCCGGUGCAAUGACCGUGUCUCCGCGGCGACUGGCCGGGCUCUGGCCGUGGCUGCUCAUGGCGGCCCUGCAGCUGGUGCUGGGCCAGACCGGCCUGGAGCUGGCGGCGGCUGUGGAGUCGGAGCGAUCGGCCCCCAAAGCCGUCAUCAAGGUGACACCCCUGAAGCAGGAGCAGGCAGGGAAGCCCAUUACCCUGGAGGGGGUCUUUGCUGGGGCUGGGGUGAGAGGCCAUGCUGAAGGAAGGCUCAUGCAGUCCCACCCGCUGUCCCUAUGCAACACCAGCGAGGAUGAACGCCAAGAGAGCAUCUUCAUCAGCAUCGUCAAACUGGAGAACCCCGAGCACCAGGUGCCCCAGUGCCUCCCUCUGCUGGAGAAGGCUCGCCUAGCGCUGAAACGUGGAGCUCAGGCGGUCAUCUUUGACGUCACAGACGAUGCAGGUGCUGCAGUUGAGCUUCACGACUCUUUGGUCAGCUCAGACUUCCUGCUCAACCCCGUGGUGUUGGUCCAGGCCAAGGAUGCCGAGGUACUUAUGGGCCUGGUCAACAGGAACGAAGAAGCCAUGGUUCGCAUCGAAGUCAUGAUCGAGCCGCCCAAAUGGCCUCACUAUGACGUUGGAAUUCUGCUCACCGUGGUCUUGGCUGUUCUGGCCAUCAUCAUGAUCUUUGCUUUUCGGUACCGCUGCAAGUCCAACCGGAACUGGGACUCGGUUCACCAGCAGACUAUGCGUGCCAUCAGCCAACUAGAGACGCGUACAUACAGCUCGCAGGGCUGUCCUCCAAGCCAGCUCCACGGAGGCCACCGUGAGUCCGGCAGCAGCUCCGGUUCCAGUCCGAUGUGUGCCAUCUGCCUAGAGGAAUUCCUGGAUGGCCAGAACCUGCGCAUAAUAUCAUGCUCACACGAGUUCCACAAGGAGUGCGUCGACCCGUGGCUGCUGCAGCAUCGUACCUGCCCCCUGUGCAUGCACAACAUCAUGGGUGCAGAGCUGGCCACCCGUCAACCUCAGCGAAUGCGGCACCAGUACCCUGGACACCACACCCUACAGCCACACCCCAUCCCCUUUCCCAUUCCCCAUCAUUACCCCCGAGUACCCCCUGGCCAGUACCCCCCCCUACGCCACAUUGGCAGCUCUCCUCCACUGGACCCACGCGUCCUGCGCUGCCUGCAGAACCGACCUCUGGGUCCAGCGCCAGCCCACUUUGGGUACCACCUUCCUGAAGGUCAUGGGACUCGUCCUCACCGGACCGGCAGUGGCUGCCGGACAGGGAGGUACCUGAGCCAGGCUCACUCACACCGCACUUGUCAUGGCUACCGCCAGGGCUGCCCACCACCCCGCAGUGCCUCCAGCUCCCGGCUGCGGGCCUCAUCACCGCCCCGUGUGGCUGCUCACAGCCGGCAGGACGACGGCAGCUGUUCUGGGGGCAGCUACCACACCGAGCGCAGUGGCUACUUCCCAGACGGCCCAGCCAGUGACUCCAGCUCAGGGCCCUGUCAUGGCUCUUCCAGUGAUUCUGUUCUCAACUGCACAGAUGUGAGUCUGCAAGGUGUCUAUGGCAGCUGGUCCACUUUCCGUAGCUCCCUGAGCAGCGAUUAUGACCCUUUUAUGUACUAUGGACCGGGCCACACGCGCAGGGACAGUCUGGACGCCAGUGCUCGGCCCCGCUCUCUGGACUCGGUGGUCAAUCAGAGCUGCCCAGAAGAACAGGUGUUCAACCAUGUCCACUACCACCGUCACCGGCAUCACCAUUACGAGGAUGGCGACCACAGCCAAGGUCCCGACAGGGGUGUGGACGAGGAACGGGGUGCCACCCCUAGCCCUGGUGCCAACAAGGACUCUCCUCCAUGCCAGGUCAAGCACAAGUCAUGCCAGUGCCCCAAGCCGGACCCCUCAGACAGGCCCCCGCACUGGCCUGAGAAACCCGAGUGCGAGUUGUCUGACCCUCCCCUGGGACCCCCUCCCUGCUGCCACCAGGGUCCCAGUCGCCAUCACAGGCGGAAAAAGAGCACCUGCUUGCUGGAGGCCCCAGCCGUGCACUUCCACCAGAGCCUGGACCUACAGGAGGACUGCAGCAUCCACAUUCACUAUGGCCAGCCAGCCGGCUACUGCUGCCCCCCCGACAUGCCCCCACUACUGCCCGUCCCCCUCAUCUUGGACUCGGGGGGGAUGGGUGACUGGCCAUGCUGCGGGGGCCAUGUUGUGUGGCAGAAGCGGGUCCAGCAGGCCAGAUCAGAGCCGCAGCUGCAGGGGCCCAGCGGUCCCGUGGACAGGCCGCAAUGUAGGGGCCACCAGCCGGGUGCGGAGCUUGCCCCGGAUGUCUGCUUAUACUGCCAAACUUUACACAACAGUCAGGGUACGUGCUGCUGCAGCUUCUGCUCACAGUCCCAUUCAUGAAGAUUUCUGAACUGUCAGUCUGCGAGCCUUCAUUGGGUCCUACAUUAAUGAUUAAAUUCAAAAUCCACCCUUGUGUUUCUAUUCUUCCGCAGGAUCAGAAGAGGAGUCUGGUGUGUGAAUAUGAGAUGUAUCCCAAUGUCAUGCUGCUACAAGGAGCCAGAAUGGACAAACAUAGCUACAGUAUAACACAAAAGUCUUCCAGAUAAUUCCAGAAUGUUCUGUCAGAAAUUUUCCAGCUCCUCCCAGUUCCAGAGGCACCAAUUAGACCUUUUCUAAUGGGCACACAGCUAAAAGUGGAGUUCCUUUAUGGAACAUAUAUACACCGCAGACAUUAAUAUUGCCAUCUAGACACUGUACUGGAAAGGCAGACUGCUAACUACUGCCCAAAUUCACUUUUAGUUUGUAUGAAAUAUAAUUUAAUGAAUAAAAUUAUUCAAGUGGCAAAAACUUUGGAGCUGGGAAUUGCUUGAGUGAAAAAAAAGAAAGACAUCCACAAAGAGGGAGAAAUAUGUUUAUACAAACUAUUCAAGUGCCUUGAAGACCUCCCAGAAAAAUCAACACCCAAGGAUUGGACUUCCUCAGCCUGUCCCAGCUGAAAAAUGAGCCUUUUAUCACCACUUUCUUUAAGAAAAUAUAUACAGAUCGAAGAAAAAAAACACACAAAGACAUUCAGUUAAGCCAUUGUUUUCGGGCAUGUAGGAAUCGGGAACUAUGGAAGACUUGUAGUGGUCACACAGUCAGAGUUGGUUGUUCGAUGCAUCUGGUCCUCCAGCAUACCUCAGGUUGCAGAUAGAGUGGGCAGAUUGGUGGCAGCAGCUACUGAGAGGCAAUGCCUUACGACCAGUGUGGUGGGUGGAACUGGGGGCAGUGGCUCCUCCCAGUUUGGCCUUGUGUUCCUCAUUGCUCGUGGAUCAGGUUCUCGAGCACUUCUCUCAGCUUCACCUGGGCUCUUCCAAGUAUCACUGUCACAUAUUGACCUGAGAUACUCUCAGUGCAGCCCCCCAUACCCCAGAUGGGCUCACAGAGAAUGAGUCUUCAUGCCAGGUGAUCGAACAAAAGGCAGCUCUGGGUCCUCAUUUAAUUUCUUUUCCUUCCUGACUUGGUUGCUUUCAAUGUUAAAGAAACAAAUUGACUGAAUUAGUAUUUUUUUUUUCCUUUCUCACCUCAUCACUUUUCCAUUUCAUGCGAAUGCCCUCAGAUCAGCUCAAAAGGAUCGCAAUGCAGCACUCGCAGACUAUGGGAUCACACCCCCUGCUACGUUUCCUAGUCAACCAUAGCAUCUUGCAUGUCUACACAUUAUGGUUUAACAUUGUGGUCUACACUUUUUGGUCUAACAUUUUGGUCCUACGUUAUGGUCUAACAUUUUGGUCUACACAUUUUAGUGGCAGCAAUCAUUUGUCCUCUGCUUUAAGUUAAAUAUAAAAAAACACUGAUUGCCAUUUUUUUUAAGUGUUAGAAAUAUUUCAAAAAAGCCAAAGCUUAGGCAUAAUUGUUUAACAUUAAAGUUGAAACAGCAGAGACUCUGUCGGCUGUGCAUUUGGGAGUCCGUGGUAUAAAUGUGAAUUUGUCAUGAUUUGGCCCAGCAGACCAAAAUGUUGCAAGUGGACUCCGAGGGUAAGAGCUCAGGCUAGGGAAAACACAAAGCUUAUAGCACUUAACCAUGUCUCAUCAAGCUAAUGUGACUCUGUUAUGAGCAUCAGUUGUGUUUCUCGUUAAAUGGGGAUGACUGGAGUUCAGCAUGGCUAAGCUUAACUGUUUUAUUUCAGCUAGUUUUAGUUGACUUCAAUCUUUCAAGGCCUUCACCUUUCGCUAAGUGUCCAAUUGAUUGGAAGGUGACUCGAGCCAAAUCUCAAUGUCGAACUUGCCUGCACACAUGAUAGUUCCAGAAAUUACAGUCUGCAGUUUGUUUAGAGGAAUGUACACAUCAUAUAAUCACAAAAAAAGCGGGAGUGAUGCAUCCCGUGGCCGUUGGUGGGCCAGGGCGCCACUGCUCGUGAUACUUGACAGUGCCUUACACCUGAAGUCGGUUUCAGAGCGGCUGAAAUGCAAAUGGCUCUGCAACAGACCAGCACUAUGCAGCUCACUCUCUGUGGAAAUUAGCCUUAAAUGAAAUGUCACUGAGGUUCAGUCCAGUUUGGGUCCCUUCUUGUGUUUUUGUUUUGCUGUUUUUUAGACACAGAAUGAGCUGAAACUGCCUUUCUUACUAUAAAGCACAGUCCCUAUAAAAAUUCAAGGGAUUCCUCAGUAUAUUUUGUAAAUGAGAAAGUGAAAAACUAAAUAAAAAAUAAAGUGUUGUAUUUUAUAUAUAAUAGAACAUUUCAGUAUGGUAAUAUGUCACUAAUAUAUUUAUUUACUAAUAUAUUUAUCCAUUUUAGCCAGGUCUGGAAAUAUUUUCUUUUCCCUGUACAAAACAAUAUGUUUAUGAAAGAGUAAAUACCAUUGCUGAUAAUGUACCAGUCUGGCCUCAUUCCAAUUAUAUACAAAUAAAUUAUUUUGAAAUAAACCUUA